ACCAGGUUGUUCAAGGUGAAACUGUCUAGAUAAUAGUGGAACACGAACCGCUUUUCUCGGCACAGCCCAGAUUUUGCAGCCCUGCAGGUUGUUGUUUCCAAGCCAACACGGAUAUUAUAGGUGGAUCCUAAAGCCUAAAGAUCCUAAAGAGUCGUUGGUUGAAUUAAACAAGUCAACGAAUUACAUCUGGCACAUUUUUGUCCAUUUAAAGUCACAAAUGACAGACGUAGAGAAAUCCAACCGGCCUGAGUUCUACGUGCCAACACAAUUUUGCCAAGAUGACCAAACAGCGCAAGAUUGGCAAGAUGAAGUUUUUGAUAAUACUCAAAUGGCCUCAGCCAACCAAGGUCAAAUAGAAGGUAAAAACCAAGGUGAGCAGCGCGAUACGUCACCAAGUGCAGGAAACGAAUGGUCAUAUGCUAUGGAGAGAGAGAACACAGCGCCACUAUCAAGGGUUCACCGCGAAAGCAGUCACCUGUCGGAUCUGUCCAGCGAAAGUUCAGAAAUUACGUACAAAUGUACCUUUAACCACCAUUCUAGAGAGAGAAUGUCGUCGUGGGAUGACAAGAGUUACUCGGUGCCACGUUGUAAGUCUACUGGACAUUUGAGAAUGCAGAAGAAGCAAUUAGCCCAACGCGGCAUCUCGGCGCCGAGUCCCCUCCAUGAAGCACCGGGAGGUUGUGUGUCGCCAACGGAUGAGGAACCAAGUACGCGGAGGACUUUGCCUUUUGCUAAUGUAUACGAGUUUUUCGUGUCGUCAGACUUUUGUGAUGAUGACCUCAGAUAUUUCAAAACUCACGGGUUUCUGAAACUUUGGAAUGCGAUGCCUCAAUUCAUCAAUUUGCGGCGACUGUCCCUAUCACACCUGGACCUUUUGGCCUUACCUGAAGACGUCCAUUGGCCGGAAAGACUUUCCCAUUUUUACCUGUCUGGAAACAGGCUCUCCGUUUUGCCAUCGAGUAUGGAACAUUUGCAGUCGUUGGAGUUCAUACACCUUGGUGGAAACCGAUUUUGCAGCAUCCCCCCUGUGCUGAGGCGGCUUAAGAUGCUGACGGGUCUGGACUUAACCAACAAUUGUCUUAUAGGCGAAGGUCUGGUAUCGGGGGCUGAGGUGGAAAACUAUGGUUUCCAGGAGCUGCGUUCUCUUUGCCUUGCCUGUAAUGUCAUAGAUAACCUUCCAGGGAAGUUCUUUUUAAUGAAGCAGCUACAAGAACUGGAUGUUUCGUAUAACCGCCUGACUCAAAUUCCAGCUGCCAUACGAAACUUGAAGAACUUGGAGUUUCUUCGAUUAACGGGCAACCGGCUGCAGACGAUUCCUUCGGAAAUCGAAAGCCUUGACCGUCUGUUGUAUCUCUGCCUUUCUGAAAACGCUCUCGUCGACAUUCCAACAAAUGCGCUACAUCGACUGAUAAACAUAAAAAGCCUUUGCCUGAACUCGAACAGACUUCCCUGUGAGGUAGUAAAGGGUAUACAAGUGAUACAGGAAAGCUCACCCUUCGUCAAAGUUAGUCUCCGUGAAAACUGCAAGUAUUUCAUCGAAAUAAGAGACGCCUUCAGAGCGAAACUGCAUCAAUAUUUUGAGAAAGAUGGCAAGAUCGACUUCGAGUCAGAUGUGUACGUCAUGCACGCCGACCACGCAGAAGAUUACGCUCUCGUAGACCAGGAGAUUGUCCCACAUCUGGAGGAGCGGAAUCUCAAAGUAACGGUAAACAUCCAAGCCCUGAGGCCUGGCUUACCUGUCAGCGAUCAGCUAGUACAUUUUAUUGAAUCAUCGAGGAAGAUCUUGGUUGUUUUCACCAAGAACGACGUCUUUGAACACACUUGCAAAGAGACCCUGACUAAAGUAAAGGCAGCACUGGAGAAACGCAAGAAGGAAGUGUCAGAAACAUCACCCAUUGUGCUUGUAGAGUGGUGCCCCAAGUCCAAGGUGCCACAUGAAUUCAAAGAUUUGUAUGUUAUUCAUAGACGGACUCCGACGCAUGAAAAACAUUUCUGGCCAAAUAUUAUAAAUGCUAUCACACAAUAGAGAUAAAAUGUGAAAUUCAAACAAACCGCACAGUUGGUUUAGGUAGUAUAUGCUACACAUACAAAUAAGCUCGAACUCAGUUAUUAAUGGGAGGUUAUCAAGAGUUUAAAGGGAUAAUAACUCUUCGUAUGAGAUCUAUAUUUCACAAUAAAAACAUUGUA